UUAUGGCAAUCAAUACAUCAACUAAUUUGAUCGCUGUUCAGACUUAAAAUGCCAUAAAACUUAUAGAUCCUAAGACUAGCUCUAUAUUAUAAACAAUAGAAUCGGAUAUCAAAACAAUAUGCUUCUCAAAUCAAAGUAUACUUAUUUUCUCAUCCAAAAAUAUGUUAUCCUGUUUUGAUUACUAAGGACUUGAAUUAUGGAAAUAACAUAUUGGAGGUGAAUCUUCAAUUGUAUUUGCUUUUGAAUACCAUUCAAUCUAUGGCAUAAUUUAUGCAAACAAAGAUUUUAGAAUAUAUACUUAAACUUAAGAACUGAAAUCUACUCUUGAUUUUGUAGCUAAAGAAAUCAAUAAGGUUUAUCAUUACUAAUAGUAUUUACUGGUUGUGGAUGACUUAUAAAAUAGUAAAAAAUACUAUGAUAAUUAGAUAUUAAUUUAUUUCUUUUGGAUGAUAUUGUACUAUUGAAAACUAAACCCUUUAAAGUCUUCACAGGAAAUAAUUCUAAAAUUAAUGAUUUUGUACUUAAAAAUGUUCUUGCUACUAUUUCCAAAGAUAAAGAAUUGAUCAUUUUCGAUAUUACCACAACACAAAUGUAUACAUCUUCUUCAUCAAUAGAAUAUUUUAAACUUAAUUAGAUUCAGAACCAUUAACACUAGACAUUGAUCUUGAUUAUGCAUUUGUAGGAUGUGUAAAUAAAAACAUUUAUUAAAUUAAAUACAAUCAAUAAUCAAUUAAUUAUACUAUUCAACCUACAAUUUAAAUAAAUAAAAGAAAAUUACUAAUAGGGCAUUUAAGUGAAAUUAAAAGUGUUAAACUAUUUUUUGAGGAUGGCCAUAAUUUUAUCACUAGUAAUUCUGAAGAUGGUCAAAUUUUCAUUUGGCAAGUUGAUGGCAAUUCAAUUAUACUUUCUAGAAAGAUUUUGACACUUCAAGCUUAAAAACUCUUUAUUAUUAAAAGACCUUACGAAUACUAAUAAUAAAGUGAGGAAUAAACUCUUUUUAAAUCAAAACGUUUAUUAUAAACAAAACCAUUAAAAAAAGCUAAGUAUACAUCUAAUCAAAUGAUGGUAUGCAAAAAAAGGAUAUAAAAAGUUAAAUUAUCUUUUAAUUUUACAACCUAACAACCUCAUAAUGUGAUUGAUCCUUAAAUCAAUUAAAUCAUAGAAGAAAACCAGAAAUUAAAAUAGAUAAUUCAUUAACUGUUGUGA